AUGGCGGAGCCGGUGCGGGAGGAGCUCUCGGCCCUGGCAGCGAUUUUCUGCGGGCCUGACGAGUGGGAAGUGCUGAGUCUCUCAGAGACAGACGGGGCUAUGUUCAGAAUUCUCACGAAAGCUGAAGGAUUUACAGAUACGGAUAUACCCUUGCAGUUGGUAUUCCACUUACCGCUCAGUUACCCGUCCUGUCUACCUGGUAUUGUGGUGAACUCCAAGCACUUGACCAGGGCCCAGUGUGAAAUCGUGAAGGAGAAGUUACUGGAGCAAGCAGAGACCCUUUUGUCAGAACCUAUGGUUCAUGAGCUGGUUCUCUGGAUUCAACAAAACCUCAGGCACAUCCUCGAGCACCCAGAAGCAGGAGGUGGCGGUGAAAAGUGCUCUUCUGCAGCGAGCAUGACUGUGGAUGAUGGGUUGUGGAUGACUCUUUUGCAUUUAGAUCACAUGAGAGCGAAGGCUAAAUAUGUCAAAACUGUGGAGAAGUGGGCUUCUGAUUUAAGGCUGACAGGAAGACUGAUGUUCAUGGGUAAAAUCAUACUGAUUUUACUGCAGGGAGACAGAAAUGACAUCAAGGAGUACCUGAUUCUUCAGAAAACCUGCAAAGUGGAUGUGGACUCUAGUGGAAAGAAAUGCAAAGAGAAAAUGAUGAGUGUACUGUUUGAAACAAAAGUACAGACAGAACACAAAAGGUUUCUGGCAUUUGAAGUCAAAGAGUAUUCAUCGUUGGAUGAGUUACAAAAGGAAUUUGAAACUACAGGACUUAAGAAGCUUUUCUCUGAAUUUGUACUUAGGCUGGUAAAAUGAAGUUGAGGACAGGAAUCUUUUAGUGAAACUACAGUGUUGUUGUUGUUUUUUUUUUCUUUUUCCAUUGGAUUUUGAGAGUGGCUAAUUUAAACUCAUAAGGGGACAAUUUUAGAGUUUCUCUGAAGCGGAAUGACAGACACCAUCAUAACUUCAGGACAAAAGCCAAUUCUGCUUAUGAAAUAUUAAACAGUAAAAAUACCCAUGUAUUCUAAUUUUGCCAGUAGAAGCUGAGUUCAAUAGAUGGAAUGUUAUUUCAGAGAUAAAUAUAAAAAGAUGAUGGUAAAUGAGCCCUUGUGUUUAUACAGAGGAUUUGUUUGGAACUGUGCAAUUUUCUGGCUAAUUUUCUUGUAAUUAAAUGAAUUUUUAAAAAGA